AUGUCGUUCCAGCAACUUUUACCCAUAUCAAGUGAACAUAUAUUUGAUCCUGGCCAGAGUGUAUCACAUUGUAUUGAGGCAGAGGCACACGCAUCGAUGCAAACCGAAAAAGAUGUUUCAACAAGUUCCGCAUGCACUGGUAAACACACAAGACCUGGCGGAAGCGAUCCGUACGGUCCAUCCCCAGGCAGAGCGCAGUUUGAAAGCUUCCUCUGUGUUGAAAACAUCGUCCCCAGAGCUUCGAAACGGAAGAAGGACAAGGAACAGGAGAGUACCACAGUGACUCACGACACGGUGGAGGUACAGCUGCAACAGGGCCGCAUCUCCGGCGUGAGGGAGGAGAUCGCCGGGGUAUCCUUUUACGGCUUCAGGGGCAUCCCUUACGCCCAGCCUCCGACGGGGGAGCUAAGGCUUCAGGACCCCGUCGCUGCAGAGGCGUGGGAGGGGGUGAGAGACGGGUCGGUGGCGCCCCCCCUGUGUCCUCAGCUGACAGAAGUCGACGGGGAAACAGCUGUGGCCGGCCAGGAGGACUGCCUCUACCUUAGUGUCUACACGUCGAGGGCAUACCCGUCCGACAUGCCCGUGAUGGUGCUGAUCCAUGGUGGGGGUUUUCUCGUAGGGGGGUCAGAGGAGCAGUACCCCCCCAUGCCCCUGCUGAAGAGGGACGUGGUGCUCGUCGUUCUGCAGUAUCGCCUGGGCACCUUAGGAUUCCUCUCAACGGAAGACGCGGUGAUGCCAGGGAACCUCGGCCUCAAGGACCAGACGCUGGGCCUCCUCUGGGUCAAGGAGAACAUCCGUGUCCUCGGCGGCGACCCCUUCCGCGUGACCUUGUUCGGGCAGGGAGCGGGGUCGGCGGCGGCACACAUGCAGGUCCUCAGUCCUAAGGCCGCUGGCUUGUUCAACCGAGUAAUUCUCCAGUCCGGCAACGCACUCAGUCCUUGGGCGCUGAGGUGCGACCACAGAAAAAAUGCUGCUGUGAUAGGUGAGGCUUUCGGCUGCCCAGGAGUGAAUGCGUCGUCACCUGCUGACUUGAACAGCACCGCACUGCUCGACUGCCUUCGAGAACUCCCCUUUGAACAGCUGACGGUCAUCCCUUCGGCUUUUGUGGUGUGGCUCAACGCCCCCCAGGUGAUGACCCCGCGCGUGGAUGGUACCUUCCUGCCCGCCCACCCCGCCCACCUCCUGAAGGACGGCCUCUUUAACAGGGUCAGCCUCAUCUCGGGCAUUAACCAGCAGGAAGGAGCCUUGCCUGCUCUCGCCACACUCACGACUCCCUUCCUGAAUGAGGCGCUGACGGAGAACUUCUCGCAGGUAGGUCCGAUCAUCCUGAAUGUGCAGGAUGAGGAGAACGCCGUCUUCUUGUCUCGUCGGGCCUUUAACGCUUACCUGCCGCAGUAUCAGGUUAAUGAGGACACCGUCGGGGAUUUCGCCAAGCUCUUAGGUGACGAAGCUUUCCGAGUCCCGCACCGAGAAGUGGUUCGGCUCCACAGCAAGGCCGGGGGUCUCGUGUUCGCCUACGAGCUGAAGCACCGCGGCCUCCAGAGUCUCACAGAUCUCUUCAACACGUCCGCUGGGGAUUCGUGCAACUGUGCAUUGAUGUGCAGCAGUUCCAGCUCAGAGGUUACCCCAAACUUACCCUCAUACACCCUGGAUAGAGAGAGCUGGGGGUACUGGAGGGUGAGUAACGGCGACGACCUCCAGUACCUGUUCAAUGGCACGAUCUUCCCGCCCUUGAGGAAUCUGGACGACCGGCGCCUUAGUGACCUUAUAGUGAUCAUGUGGACAAACUUCGCAGCCACAGGGUACCCGACGCCCGACAAUGCCCUAGGCUUCUGGUGGUCGCCCGUGAGGUCCUGUUCUCCCCUGCCCUAUCUCUGCCUCAUGCCCACGCCCAUCAUGGCCUGGGAUGGGCGUAGUUCCAUGUACGAGUUUUGGACGAGCCUCCCCACCUUCCAGAACCGCGUCCUAAACCCACAGUAUUUCACUCACUCGUCAGGGGGAUUUGGACGACCGCUGUUCCAUGGAGCGACCGCCACCCCCUGGCCCAACAGCCCCUUCCUCCCCGCUCACCGAUUCGGACGACGGCGGUGA